CUACUAUUUGUCUCUUCGUUUUCCAGUAUACACAUUAGUUUCCCUUUCUACUUCUCAUCUUUCUUCACUCUUCAGCAUUUUUGGUAGUUUCUGCAGGUAGUAGAUAUCGUUCAUAGUUAGGCAACAUUCCAAACUAAAGAUGGGAGGUGUAAAUGAUUUCAAAGGAUCCAUAAUGCAUGGACCAUGGGGUGGUCCAAAUGGGGAAGAAUGGGAUUACAGGCUUCAAGGCCUUACUAAAAGAAUAAAGAUUAGUGUUAGAUAUGCAGGUUUUGUUGACUCAAUUAACUUUCAAACUUACCUCACAACAGGUGAAACUGUAAGAUCUUUUUUUGGUGGCAAUGGUGGAAAUCGAACUGAUAUGAUUUGCAUCGACUAUCCUGAUGAAUAUUUAAAGUCAAUUUGUGUGACAUCAGGUCACUAUGAUGGAGCAAUUAUAGUGAUGUCCAUAUGUUUUGUGACAAACCAGAACCGUUACGGACCGUUUGGUACAAAUAGUGGAACUGUUUUUACAAAUGAUGGCAACGGGGGGAUGAUUGUGGGAUUUCAUGGGCGUGCUAACAAAUACCUUGAUGCUAUUGGAGUUUAUGUAAUGCCUAAAUCACUUGCAUUAUUUAAAGACAAACUCACGCUUCAGCCAUGUUCUAGUAUGUCACAAAAUACAUUUUCGAGGGACGCAGGCCCAUGGGGAGUAGGUGGAGGUAAACCAUGGGACGAUGGAGUUUUCUCAACUAUCAAACAAGUGCGUGUUCAUGAAGGAGAGCUUAAUGUGAUUUAUGCCAUUCAGUUUGAAUAUCUGAAAACGGAUGGUAAAUCUGUUUUGUCAAAAAUCUAUGGUGGAACAGAUGGAGUUACGAAUAUUAAACAGGUUAAUUUGGAUGGUAGGGAUGAGUAUUUGACUGGCAUCUCUGGGUUUUAUGGACCCGUUAAAGGGUAUGAUGGACUCGAAGCCAUAGUGCCGAUUACAUUUCACUCAAACAAGAGGAUCCAUGGACCUUAUGGAGAAGAAAGAGGUGCAGCGAAUGUUUUUUUUAGUUCAACACCCUCUCUUGGGAAAGUGGUUGGUUUUCAUGGCAGGAGUAAUGGUUUUUUAAGUGCAAUCGGUGCUCAUAUGGAGUACUUCUGAAGAUGGUGACUUGAAGGUGUCAAAAAUCUUUUGCUAAGAUGCUUUUCCCAAAAAUCAGGAUCAUCCAAAUGUUUGCUAUAUUUUUUGGGCUUUUACUGUUUAACUCGUAUUAUGAGUUAUUUUUGUUUGCUCUGUGAUGAAAGAUUUUCUGUUCCGAACAUAUAGGUUAUGGUCCUACGGAUUUAAAUAGGGUCUACAUAUUCACACACCCAA